AUGACUGCUGCAAACCUGUUUUCCGGAGAGGUCGACUAUUGCGCGAGUUGCAGAGACGACGCUGAGCUCGAGUGCUACAACGAGACCAAUCACGUUGUGUUCAAGGAGGUCGUCUACGACGAGGAUCCCAUCAACUACGAGAAGCUCCUGCCCCCAGAGAAGAUCCCGCAGCAGUUUUCGGUGAAUACAAUUUUGGAUCAUCUGAUGGAGCUCGAGGAUGAGUGCAUCAGUCCCAAGACGGUUCUUUACUCUUAUGCCGGGGGUGCUGAGGUGGACGCGGAGGCGGACAAGUACGCUGCAUCUACCCCGGCUCCGGCUCCUGCUCAGAUCAGCCUGGAGCCCUGUGAGUACUUGAAUAAGCUCUGGGGUCCGGAGAUUGACAAUGUCAACGAGUGGCUGUAUCAUGGUCUCGACAAGGGAAGUAUUGACCCCUCCCAUCUAUCCUACGUGGGUCUUCCCAGUUAUAUGGCUGAUGCGGAGAUUCUGGAGCCCGUGCCGCAGCCUGCCGGCCAGAGUCCACCAGCGUUUCUCGAAGACGACUGGUUCGUCAACGACUGGUGUGUGCGUCUCAAGGAUAUAGAUGACCAGUAUGUCGGCGUUCCCUACCCGUCCGAGUGCUAUGACGACUCGGAUGCCAAGUAUCCUACUCCCCCGCCCAUGGCCUGGGGCGCGGCGGAAGCCGAGCACAUGGAGUCGCUCAAGCAGAGCUCAAUGGGUUUUGCGCAGGCUCGACACGCAACAGCCGCCGAGGAGUUGAAUUACGUCAACAGCACAAUCAUCACCUGCCUCGACGACUUUGACAGCAAGGUCCAAGAGCUGCAGAACGAGUUGCAAGCCAUGACGGCCAACUAUGAGAGUCGGAUGCGGUUUCUGAAGAGCAGGAAGUUUCAUCUUGAGGAUCAACUCGGCGUGCUUUCUGUGGCUUGUUCUGAGAUUCAGCGCAAGCGCCGAAACGAGGAGCGCCGUGUUAAGAAUUAUUGCGGGCGCUCGUUUCUCCUCGAUGAUAGCGAUGGCGAGACGGUUGUGGACGGUUCGGCGAAGAGGAUGUGUGUGAGGUGA